UGGAGAAGGCGGGAGCCAGAGAAGGACGCGCGGUGCCGCUGCGGUGACCUGAGCCCUGCACCGGACCAGCCGAGGCGAGGACCCCUUGCCCUCUGCUCGACCUCGAGCCCUUCCACUCGCCGGCUGCCCCCUGCAAGGCAUGAGCCGCGCGCAGGAGCCCGAGGCUUCAGUGCGGUCAUGAGGCGCUGGCCGGGGAGCGGCGGCUGUGCGACGGCAGCCCCCACGUCCCCUCCGGGCGCGGCGCCUCCGGGAUGAGCCCCCCGACCCGCGACUGCCUGAGCUGAGAUUUACCCCCAGUGCCCCACCUCCGUUCCGCGCGCCUGGGCCGCGGGCACCCGGCCCUUGCAGCUUCCCGCCGAGACACCUGCGCGCUGGACCAGACGGACGCCCAGCGAAUCGGACUCGCCUCCCUUCCCAGGCUCAACCCCGCGGCGCGGGCGCCUGAGCAGCGGUGCUCCAAGAGCGGGCGGCCCACCGUCCGGGAGCGAGUGUUGAGACCUUUCUGGAACGACACUUUAUCUUCCCCCUCAUACAUACGAACGCCAGCUUCAGGGAAGGGCGCACUGUCGCAGACAGACACCUGGCUGGUCCGGCACCCUCUCCGUUCUCCAUCACCACAACUCCCAACUCCACUUUGUCAAUAAAGGUUUCUAAACUCGCCCAGGCACCCGCACCCACUCACAGCCCCGAGACUCAGUGCGCACAGGGCUCUGCCCUCGCCGCCCACAGCGACCUCGGCAGCGGUGGCGCGCACUUGGCACAGCCCGGCCGGCGGACGCGGACUCCGGAGGGGCGCGCAGGUCACCUCCAAACAGUGACAGCCCCCGUGUACCGGGGCCCCCAUCUGCAGCCGGCUCACCCUAGGACUCAGCGGCGGGGCGGCACGGCCCGCGGCCCGAAGGAGCGCAGGGAGGAGGGGAGGUGGCUCGUCGGAAUAACCUCAACAUGGAAAGUGCCUCAACAUCAGAAACCAGCUUUCCUCUCUCCAAAGAAGCACCAGGGAAGCAUUCGGACCACCAGGCUGCACACCAACCCUUCCCCAGACAGCAGUUCCAGCCAGAGGCUGGGCCCCCUUCAUUGCAAAGAGAUGGCCCCAGAUCCUUUCUCCUUGAUCUACCAAACUUUCCAGAUCUUUCCAAAGCUGAUAUCAACGGGCAGAAUCCAAAUAUCCAGGUCACCAUAGAGGUGGUGGACGGCCCUGACUCGGAAGCAGAUAAAGAUCAUCCCCCGGAGAAGAAGCCCAGCUGGGCAGUCCCAGCCCCCGACUGGCGGGCCUGGUGGCAGAGGUCCUUGUCCUUGGCGAGGGCCAACGGCGGGGACUGGGACUACAAGUACGACAGUACCUCUGACAACAGCAACUUCCUCAACCCCCCCGGGGGGUGGGACCGUCCAGCCCCAGGCCACCGGACUUUUGAAACCAAAGAGCAGCCAGAAUAUGAUUCCACAGAUGGUGAGGGCGACUGGAGUCUCUGGUCUGUUUGCAGCGUCACCUGUGGGAACGGCAACCAGAAACGGACCAGGUCUUGCGGUUACGCAUGCACUGCAACCGAAUCUAGGACGUGUGACCGUCCAAACUGCCCAGGAAUUGAAGACACCUUCAGGACAGCUGCCACCGAAGUGAGUCUACUUGCGGGAAGUGAAGAGUUUAAUGCCACCAAAUUGUUUGAAGUUGACACCGACAGCUGUGAGCGCUGGAUGAGCUGCAAGAGCGAGUUCCUAAAGAAGUACAUGCACAAGGUGAUCAAUGACCUGCCCAGCUGCCCCUGCUCCUACCCCACCGAGGUGGCCUACAGCACAGCCGACAUCUUCGACCGCAUCAAGCGCAAGGACUUCCGCUGGAAGGACGCCAGCGGGCCCAAGGAGAAGCUGGAGAUCUACAAGCCCACAGCCCGGUACUGCAUUCGCUCCAUGCUGUCCCUGGAGAGCACCACGCUGGCCGCCCAACACUGUUGUUAUGGCGACAACAUGCAGCUCAUCACCAGGGGCAAAGGGGCAGGGACGCCCAACCUCAUCAGCACGGAGUUCUCCGCGGAGCUUCACUACAAAGUGGACAUCCUGCCCUGGAUUAUCUGCAAGGGCGACUGGAGCAGGUACAACGAGGCCCGGCCUCCCAACAACGGACAGAAGUGCACGGAGAGCCCCUCGGACGAAGAUUACAUCAAGCAGUUCCAAGAGGCCAGGGAGUAUUAAAGAGAUGCGGCCUCAGGUGUUCCUGACACAAACCCACCGCACUGAUCCACCGUCUGGCCCAGAGUCCUUACCUGCGUCCAUAUAUAUAUGUGUUUAUACCACGUGAGUAUUUGUCGUAAGUUACACUAAGGGUGUGCACCAGGCCCUCGUGACUGCCAUCGGAAGCCACCGUUGCCAUCUUCAAUGUCAACAGCCUUCUUGGAACUCUUCCUAGGGAGGAUGUCUGCAGGAGGAUGGGGAGAAAGAAGCCGGAAGAACCUGGAGGCCAUAGCGGGUGGGAUUCAGCUCACACCCCGGAUCCAGUGUUUCCAAGAGAAGCAAAAGGGGAAAGAGAUUGAAGUUGUAAACAUGAUAAGCAGUUUUUAUAUAUAACUUAUUUAAUAUGAAUGUGACUUACGCAUAACCUUUUCUCUGGAGUUGUCAUCGGGAAACUAAUCACUUCUGUGAGAGUUCAGAAAGGGGCUUAGGGAAAUGGAAGAGAAAGGGAAUUUUGUAGUAAUGACUUCUUUAAAAGUAAAUAAUUCGGUGGGAAGAUAUCGAAACAAGAAAAUGCCCACCUGAAACCAAAUGUUUUUAGCCAGUGAGGUACCUUGCUGAAGUCUCAGCUUCCAAAACAUCCUUGCCUCAAACUGGGUAGGGAAUGGCGGGGUAAAGUGGUGUUUUAGGAGCAAAUCUGAGGCCUGGUUUUAAAUAGACUUUAAAACAAAGGCUGAUAUUAGCACAAUGCUAUGAUUCUACUAAAAGACCCCAGAAUAGCAGAACUUCUGCUCAUGCCUUAAUGGGUUCAGAGGGCUACAGGAAAGUCAGACAUAAAAACAAGGAGUAGCACUUUUCCAAAGAAAAAAUGCAAAAUAAAUGGGGAAAGAACAUGAACUUCAUUUCAUCUAUUUUUUUAAUACCAUCUUAACAAUUUUUUCUCCACCAAUAUAUUCUCAGUAAAUACAUAUAAAAACAAGGAGGGGAACUCAAGUCUAGGAAAUCAUAAUUUUUUUUAUGUUUUAAGAAAGAAAAAAAUACAUUAUUUUUGUAAAGUAUUUAUUGAGUCACUGAGUCUUGUGCAUCAAGCAGUUGUAAUAUGGCCUGGUUCUGUAGGGUGGAACUUAGGACAAAUAAAGAGUUGCUUCUUAUGCAAUCUUUACUUGCAAAACUCCAGGAAAAGAGAUUAUAUAAUAAAAUCAUAAUAAAAUGUGUUACCUGCAGUAAAUGUGUUACCUGCAAAUAUUUAUGAUACAAAUUCCAUAAAUAACCCUGGUAAAGCAGGGCUUCGAGGCAGGGGAAAGGAAGGUUCAAACCAGGUGGGAAUAAAAGGCUCAUUGAUUGAUGUGAUGGUGGGUGGUAUACGUCAUAACAUCUUUGGCACCAAGAACAUCAACCCAGCUCCCGGGAGGCUGGAGCUCAUUGACUGACACAUGUGCAACUUUUUGCCCACCCAGAGCUAAGAAAGAGCUAAGAAAGCCAAGUCAGAGCAAAGGCUUAAGACAGCCCAGGUGAGUGGGACUGCUUCCAGACAAAAUUCUGCAAUUACAGUAAUAAGUAGAAUUCCUCAUUGUGCAUUUUAUUCCUUUUCCAGAUGAGGAAACCAAAGCUCAGAAAAAAUAGGUCAGUCACAUUGGAUCCACCCUUCAUUUCUUAGUCCAGUGCUCUAUCUACUACAUCAAAUUUAUGAUAUUCUUAUAUUCCUGGUGCCUUUGAUAUUCCUGACCCUUUCCUUAGGUUCUCUUAAUAAAAUCUUGUUUUUAUGGAAAAGCUCUUAUCAGUCAUUUACACUUUAGAAUGAAUUAUCCAUAUAUUGCCCACUCUCAGGAUAUUUAUAUUUGAGAUCCAUUUCUAAUCAUGGAAUGAGAAUCCUUAUUCACAUCUGAAGGAAUUUUAGGCAACUGAUUGGUAGGGAGAAAAUCAGUAGGUCUGUAUAUCAGGGAAGCAGAUUUGGCUCCUGAUAAUAGGAAAACCAUUUUUGCAAAGAGAGUUGAUAGGAAUGCAUUGCCUUUGGGAUGGUCAGUACCCUGUCAGGAUAGGCAUUCAAGCAGAGCUGGAGAUGAAUCACAUGAGAAGCUCAUUUUAGUGAGGAGGAGAGAGAAAAAUGUACAGCAAUAACCCCCCCCCCCCCCCACUCCCAAUAAGUGUUCUAUAAAGGGUAAGUGGAAAGUACACAGGUAAAUAGAGGCAGGAAUCAGGGCACUACCUGCUGGACCUAAUGGAGGACCUAAGUGGUAUUUCAUAAGGCAGAGAAGAGGGAGGGCAUGUAGAUGCAUUUGGAGUAAGAAAACAGUAUGGGCAAAGGGCAAGGAACUAGGUAAGAGCUUGGUGUUUUCUGAAAACUGGGAUGUUUAGAGUGAUGAGCCAGAGGGACAAGAAUGGUGAGUUAUGGGGCCAUGUCUGAGGUGUUUUUGUUAAGGAUUUAGCUUGGGAAAUUAAAGCUCUUUCUUACUAUAGUGAGAAUGACUGAUAUGAGCAGUGUUUCCUUUGGGCUAUUUGCCUCUUCGUAUCAGACCUUCCUGACAUAGUGAACUGAGAGUUGGAAGGUGGGGUGAAUUGGGAGCUGGGGAGGGCUUCUGGGCUCUCUGCCUACUGAGAACACUGCUAGUCUCCCAUCCACCUUCCAGAGGGUGCCCCCCAUCUGGAAAUUUGCUGAACUGUCCUCUGCCUCUAUCCAGGUGUAUCUCAUUCACUGCAGGGCUCCUAGCCAGCCCCAGGGCAACGCUGGGUGGUUCCUUCAUGGAAAGGGGAUCCUGUGCUCAAGAGUCAACUUUGCCCACCACAGAGUAGGCUGUGUGCCCCUCACCUGCAGCACCUAUUUAUAGGACCCCUCAGCGCUGCUCUACAGCCACCUCUAAUCGAAUGCUUUGUUUCUUUGCCGCUCCUUGGAAGGAGAGCCCUUUCCCUGGUGACCCACUGGGCCUCUCGGGUGCCCCGUCUGAGCAAGCCAAUAGUGGCAGACAGAGGAGCCAAGGCCCUCUAGUGGCCACACGUGGGAAGGAUAAGGGUGAGGCCCCAGAAGAGCCGGGCAUCCCCCUCACCCCAUUCAAGCACCCAGCAGGAUUAGUCUCCAAGCCUUUCCAUCUUUGUAGCCUAGUAACCAGAGGGUGGAGUUCCCUACCAUAAGACCAGGGACCAAGGAUCAAGAAUAGGUACAAUACCAGCCACGCUUCCUGAGCACACAUUUUGUGCCUCUGUGCUAAUCACUCACCACGGGAGGCAGGCAGAUUAUAUCCAUUUUACAGAUCAGGCAAAACAAGCCCAACGAGGUCUUCUCACCUGCCCUAGUUAUAAGUCUCUGUACAUGGCAAAGCUGGUUGAAGACCAUGUUCGUAACCUUACCCCCUACUCCACUCUCUUCCUAACCUCCCAACACACAGGAUCAGGGGUUUUGCUCCAACUCACUCUACCUUUGCUCAAAUUGUUCAGAUCUGCCAAAUGUCCCUGCACCAACCUUUCUGGUGUCUCGCGUUGAUGACAGUGGGCCUGGCUUUAGCUUUAUAUACCCUGCUCAGUUCUCUCAUAUACCAUAAGAGGAUUUGAAUCCUGUAUCUGAGCAGUUGCUCAGGGUGGGUGAGUAGCAGAGCCUGAAUUUCCAGAAGAUAGACUGCUCCACGGAUAAGAACAGAGACUAGUCUGUUUUCCCUGCUGCACCCAAGCCCUGUGCCAACCACUGCUUGUUGCGUAGACCUCAAGGGCAGGUGCCGUGUCUCAUGCCCUAGCUCUGUACCUGGCAGGUGUCAUCAGGUAAGGUACAGAGGGUGGAAGAGUUUGAAGUUUGCAGCAGACUGCCUAGAUUCCUAUCCUGGCUCCCUCCGUUGCCUGCGGGAUACCACUGGAUAAAGUUAACCAUCCUCCAUAUAUUCUAGUUUCCUCAUACAGCUGUUUGGAGAAUAAAAUAAGAGAUAUGAAGUUCCUAGCAUAGGGCCUGUCUUGUACCAUGUGCAUUGGUGUUGAGUCAUUGGAGAAAUAUUUAUUGAGUGUGUACUAGUUGCCAGGCAUUGUUUUAGAUGCCAGAGAUACAGCAGUGUACCAAUCCAAGUUUUCCUGGUGGAGGGGAGAUGGCUGAUAAAUAAAUAAGUAUAUGAUCUGAAAUAAUGGUAAGUGAUACCAAGAAAAAUAAAUUA